AUGUCGUCUAUGAUGGAGCGCCUCCAGGACCAGACUGCCUCGGAUAUCCUCGACCUCCAGCAAAGUCUGAAUACGGCGAAGCCGUCAUGGAAGUAUGAAGCCCUGCGAACACCUCAAAGAGAGCCGCGAACCAACGCAGAUACCUACAGCGCCGUGCAGAGCGGUUUGCGACGGAAGCUGCCCGCGCCAACCUCGUCGCACGGCGGACAUGGAGAAGUGUCGUGCUACAAGGACAGAAAGCAUAAACAUGCGAAAAACCCCAAGAACCAAGAUGUGGCGGAAGCGAUGGAAGAGUACGCCGACCACGAGUUCGAACGCAAGGCUGGGUCGGGGGCGGUCUAUGCCAAGAUUGCCAGGGCUGUUCGAGACAAGGACGAAGAGAUUACGAGCGGCGACCAAGCGAAGGAGGAUGUGCGGGGCAUUGGCGACGUGAGUGCAUCCAAGAUUGAUGAAUACUUGGACACUGGCAAGAUCCAGCCGCCCGACGAGAAAUGA